AUGGACCCGCACACCUUGCGCAAUGGCCGCCACCACCAACCCGCUCACGGCACCCCGCCUCCACGCUCCUCGGCUGGCUCGGACUAUCCCUACCCGUCGUCGUACUCGGCUAGGUACGGAGUGGCGCAGGCGGAGAGUGGCAGCCAGGCCAGGCUAGCGAGCAGUUACACCCUCGCCCACAACCCGCCGCUGCCCCACUCGGCUUCCUCGGCCAGCGCACAUCGCGCCCAGCCGCAAUCGCCUGCGGUUGCCUCGUGGUCGGCUCUCCCGGGCUACGUCUCGCCAUAUGCCACUCGGACUACGCCCGGCUUGCACAUCGGCGGAAGCUAUCGUCCCGGCGAGAUCCAGGGCCCCACCGCAGCUGGCGCGGGUGCUGGCGCUGGCGCUGGCGACUCGUACCGGGUCCGCGGCACCGCGCCGGGCUCACAGCAGCCACUACAUCCAUCGCCGCUGAAGGAGACUAUGCCCAAGCCGUCGCCGUAUGCAUCGUACUUGGCCAGAAACUACGGCGGUGGCCAGUCGCUGACGGCCUCGCAGAUCGGCGGGGAGCCCAUGCGCGACGCUACCGCCGACCAGGCACCGUCCAGUCCUGUGGCCAAGGCUCCGCAGCACACUCCGUUCUACACCUCGCACGCCGGCGAGUGGUCGUCGGCGCCGCCGGCCAAACCGCAGCAGCCGCGCGCCUCCGACGCCAUGCUCCGGCCGACACGCAACUAUGGCGAGUCGAACACCGCCAUGCCGCUCUCGGCCUCGGCUCUCGGCGGACCGGCCCUCGCCGUCCGCGACAGCGACGACAGUCCGGCCCCGGCUAGCCUGGACAAGAUCCAGGCAGAGUCGCGGGCGCGAGCAGCGACUGCUAGCCCUGGGCUAGUCGCUUCGCCCGCUGACGUCGAUCAUACCCGUCGCGAGCGCUCGCCGUCGCCGAUCCGGGCCGAGCCAACGUCCCCGGGCUCGCCCGGCGUCGACGCGUCGUCAGUGGUCGACGGCGAUGGGCGUCAGUCGAACCUGCCGCCGCUGUUUGGCGCCUCCUUCCUCGACGCCGACAUGUACGGCCACCCGGAGAAGGUCAUUCCGGGCGUGCCCAAGCCGGCCAAGAAGCGCGGCAUGCUCGCACGGCUGCUCAAGCCCAAGCCCAAGCAGCUGCUCGCGCCAGACGAGAAGAUUUUGGUCAAGGCGCAGCCGGACCAUGCCGAGUUUCCAGACUUCACCCCGCUCCAUCGUGACAUGCGUGAGCUUCUGCUCGACCCUAUCUACGCCGAUGUCACCUUUUUCGUCCAGGGCCGGCCCAUCCGCGCCCACCGUGCCGUCCUCGCCGCGCGCUCAGCCAAGUUCCGCGAGAUGUUUGCCGAGACCGGAGCAACUGAGUUUGAGCUCGACAUGUCGCUUGAGGCCUUUACUGCCCUCCUCGCCUUUGUCUACAUCGACCGGACGGAGAUCUCCCUGCUACAGGCCAUGGAGCUCCUGACGGCUGUCAACCUCUUCGAGCUUGCCGAUCUCAAAGCCAUGUGCGAGUCGGUACUUCUCAACAACAUUUGCGUCGAGAAUGCAGCGUGGAUGCUCCAGGGCGCCGUCGAGCACGAGUGCGCUCUUCUCCACGAGGCCUCGCUCAGCUUUAUCGUCGCCCACUUUGACGCCGUCUCCCAGACCGAAGCCUUCCAGGAGCUCGAGCGCGGACCCAUUGUCCACGUCAUCCGCGCCCGCGCCUCUCGCGGCAAGUAGCACCCGCCAUCCGCUGUCCUCGUACC